AUGAAGCAGGCUAUAGCGCUCCCUUCCAAUACAAAGAUAGUACUCCCAUUUAACAAAGAGCUGCAACCGAUUGGUCAGGCAGUAGGAUUAUUGAGUGGUUUCUUAGGGAGUUUGGGUGCGGAUUAUUCCCAGUUCCCCAUACACUUAGACAGUUGGAAGCAUGUGAGCAAAGCUAAGAAGGAACAUACGUACGACAUGGUUAAGCGGGUCUUUCAGUUUGAGGACGAUGCCGGAGGAAAAAUAAAGCGCGAUAUUAUGAAGAGGAUAAGAAAGAUCUGGAAGGAUACAAGGCACCACUUAUAUCAUAGGUAUUACAAAGAAACAAGGACUUAUGAGGAAAAUCUUAAGCAUCACCCGAAAGGAAUAGAAGAAAAUGAAUGGAAAAAGUUCAUUGACUAUCGCCAGAAGGAAGACACAAAGUGUAAACAGAACGCUUUAAAUCGGAGUAAGCAACUUUACACACAUACUGGGGGCUCUAAAACAUUGGCAAGAAAAAAAGACGAAGUGGAGAAAGAACAAGGAAGGCACGUUGGUAGAGGAGAGUUGUUUAUCAUGACUCAUAAGAAAAAAGAUGCUCGUAUAUCCAUCCCGAUGCGCGUGUUGUUAGUAAAGGAGUACCUAGGACGAGUUCGUGCCCUAGGUGCUGGACCAUGUCCCACCCAAGUCUUUGGUAACACUACUGGACAACCGUCGGGUUAUGCAGAGCCCAAUGAAGAGUACGAGAGGAGGAUUGCAGAAUUGACGGCUAAGUUAGAAGAAGAGCAGGCAAAGAGACAGUCGAUACAUAAGGUCUUGGGAUAUCUAGUCCAACAGCAAGGAGGCAAUUUGCCAACUGAGGUUGCUGCAGAGCUGGCUUUUUUGGGCGGUACACCGGACUCGUCAUAUGCAGGAUCUUCAUCUGGCAAUCACGACCCACAACAAAAAUUUUGA